GUUGUUGUCGUGGUUGGUGUGUGUAUCGGCGCAGUGUUGACCUCCAGGCAGUAGACAGUGCCAUAUUUCUGAAGCAGCAAUAACAAAAAAAAAAAAAAAAAAAAAAAAAUAAUGUGCCAAGCGGUGUAUAUAGGUUUGAUGGCAGUGGCACUCAGUCUUGCGCCAGGUGCAACCCAUGCAUCUGUUAGGGUAGUGAGGCAGGCGAGUGUCGAGAGAUCGCUGGGUCUUCCCAGCAACUCUUCCUCCGUCAGACCGAACAUCCGGGACACGUUCAGUUGCGACGGACUCUCCUACGGGUAUUAUGCCGAUGUGGACAACGACUGCCAGAUCUUCCACAUCUGCUACCCUUACCUGCAGGUCGACGGAUCCACGCAGAUGUUCAAGUGGUCUUUCCUGUGUCCAGAACAGACGAUCUUCAACCAGGAAACGUUGACGUGCACGAGACCGGAAGACGCUGUUCCCUGUGAGGAAGUUGCGUCCUUUUACUUUGUCAACAGCGCCUUCGGUAAAGUUGACGAGCCUUUCAGUAGAAACGAGGUUUAGGCCUAUCGUGGCACUCUCCGUGAAACCUUGCUCUCGGCAGGUGUCAAUUUUAUAGUAGUCAUGACGACUAUGUGUGCCAGAAUUAUUAUCAAUCUUAUUGCUAUCUCCAGUUUUAUACUUUUUAUGUAUAAAUGAUUCUGUGGUCUUUUCUUUUUUCACGUGAACUGUUCUUGAAGCAUUCAUUUUGUCUUUUUGUCCAUCAACGUUGAGACCUAUGUAAUGGUUGUAUGACAUUGAAUAAAUUUAUUUUC